AUGGAUCAGAUACUUAACAAAGUUGGCUCUUAUUGGUUAGGGCAAAAGGCUAACAAAGAGUUCAAUUCCGUCGGUUUGAAUGAUGCAUCAUUCUUGUUCUGUAUAGGAAAAAUGCAGAAGCCAUUACCUGAGUUGCUGAAGGAAUUUGGUUUACCAGUUGGGAUCUUUCCACAGGAUGCUACAAACUAUGAGUUCAAUGAAGAUACAGGUAAAUUGACUGUAUUCAUCCCUGAGACUUGUGCAGUGAGGUUGGGUACAGAGAUUCAUCGGUCCUGCGGUUUUCAACUACAGAACCAGGAGAAAGGGAAACUAGCAGAAGUGGAAGGUUUGAAUACAAAGAUGAUGAUCUGCGUGAAAGUGACUUUUUGUGUGGAACUUUUUGGGGUUGUAACUAAAGUGAUUAUGUCCGAUCAGAACCUCUAUCUGGGAACAUGA